AUGCUGGCAUGUGCGGGGUCUGGCAAGGUACGCGAAUUUCUCUGCCAGAAUCGCCAGCUCAUACCGCAAGUGCCUGCAGAGUCGAAGCUGAAGAUCUUCCGCUUGCUUCGAGACUAUGCCGUCGAAGCAUGGGCAGACCUUAGCGGCGAUCAUCAGGAUGCUUGUGGACCACAGCUCCUGCAAAAGAUGGCGGAGCUGCCUUUGUUGGUUCCAUUCCUGCAGCCUCAAAGCUUGGCCAUUCCCGUCAGUGUCAAGGCACGAGUCCUGAAAAUGGCAGCUCUCUACGACUUGCCCUUAGCAAUGCAACUUCUGGAUGAAGAGCUGCUUUCACGUGCUCGACACAGCCUGGCAGCGUCUACAUCUUCAUCAGCUCGACUAGACGAGCUGACUGAGAAGAUCCGCUCGGAGCUGAUCAGCAACGCUGAGGAAGAGGCCGCUCCGAUUGUGGCAGGUCAUCCUGGAGUUCAUGGCCUUGCUUUCGGUGUCCCUGCCUCCGCAUGA